AUGGCGACACCCUCCGCCCCGUCGAAAUUGCCGUCUUCGCUCGCGCCGCUAGACUUGAGGAUAGGGAGCAGCGAGCUCGGCGCAGAGAUGGGCGUUGAGGGCACGCGCUCGCAGCUGCUCAGCCCGCCGUCGUCGCCCGCGAGCAGCAUGUCUCCGCUCGCGCUCAGCCUGAGCGGGCUCGGCGCCGGUGCUUCGAACUCCAGCUCUGGCUCGUCGACGCCUAUGAACAGCUACAACGCGUCCCGCCCGGCAGGCUUCGCGAGCCCCGCGUCGGCCUCGCCGCUCGACUCGUCGUACGCGGCGCUGAUCCGGCAGUGGUGCUUCACGGGCUCGCCCAGCGGGACCCCGAGCGCGACGGCGACGCCCGCGCCUACUCCGGGGCCGGUGGGCGCGGUAGGGUUUGGGCGGGGCUACGGGGCGGGGUUCCCCGGGUUUGCGGUUGGAGGGAUGACGGAUGCGGGGAUGGUCGGAGAGCGCGCGUUUGCUGGUUAUGACGCAUGGUCGGGUGGUUUGCCGUUGUCGUCUGCCCGUGCGGUCAUCGAUCCUUUUAGCUUCGUGCUCUUGGUUUUCUAUCGUGCUCGUACGCGCAAGGAAGGAGUGCUGAUACACGCCAUCGUCUCCCUGCAGCUCAUAUGCGCAUACCCUCCCCUCCGCCCGCUCCUGCCUUUCUCGACCAACUCGUACGACAUCGCCCUCACCUAUCUUACCCAUUUCGACCCGUAA